AUGAGCUUCUCCACCCUCCUCCUCGCGGCCCUCUUCUCCAGCGCCACCGCCGCACCCCUAGCCGCCUCCUCAAGCCUCGAUGCCGGCGUGCCCCUCAGUAUCUGGGGCGGCCAAAGCUGCACCGGCUCAGGCGUAUCAGUCUCGUACAUUCCCACUGACGGCAAAUGCUUCGGUACAUCCCCAAUCUUCAGCGGAAACACAGAUUCCUUCAGGAUCACCGCGGAUAAUCUUGCGAAGUUGCCUAGUGGAUGUAAAGUCAUUGCAUACGAUAACGACGGAUGCCAAGGCAAACAAGUUACUAUCGACAAGGUCGGCGGCGAUUGCAAGACAUUUGGCCCGUUUAUGCCGAUUCGCUCGGCGAAGGCAAUUGGGUGCAAGUAG